AUGUCACCUAUAAGGAAGCCUUCGGAUGAGAGAGCACCACGCGCAAGUGUGUUUGCCUCAUCAGACACCGUUAUAGUCAAAGUCGGAAAGCAGUUCAAGACAUACACUUUGCACAAGAAGCUUCUCACAUUUCAUUCUGGCUUCUUCCGUGGCGCUCUUUCCGCUGACCACAAAGAAUCAAGCGAAGGAGUUGUUAUACUCGAAGCUAUUGGAAUUGGUGAGUUUGAAAUAUUCGUCGAGUGGCUCUACGAAAAGACAUUGCCUUGCUGUAUCAUGCAAAGCGGCCCGAACCCUAUGGACAUCCAAUUGGCUUCUAGAGCGUACGUUGUGGCCGACAUGUUGAUAGCAUGUGGAAUGAAAGAAGCACUCUUCCAUGAGUUGUAUCAAGUCUACACGCUCUCCAGGUCCCGCAAACAUAUCAGCCGCAUUGUCAACUUGUGCAAACAUCUUUCAGAAAAUGAUGUCAUGAUUCAACUCUUGGUCGACUGUUUCUGUGUCUAUGGUGGGCUCGGACACUUGACCAAGGAAUGCAUCAAACAGUUGUCGGAGCUACCCAAAGAAACCCUGGUGCGCAUUCUCCUCAAGCAAAAUGAGUUGCAGAAUCUGAAGAGGGAGGAGUGGAGGGUCAGGCGUGAAGAUUAUGUGUUUGAGCACGGAGACAGAAUUUCAACAAAUGAGCUAAGCAUCGCAGUCGGGGUAAAAGAGAGAUGA